UAAACUAAUAUCUUUCCUCUCAGAAAGCCGGUUAGAAACCAGCUACCGGAAUCAUUCGUGGAUUCGUUUACAACCUGUCUCCGAAUUAAUAACAAUGUAAUUACAGCAAGAGGAAAACCAACUAGUAACAUAUCGCUGUCAGUGACACGUUGUGUACGGUACAGGCAGUGAUUGUUUACUGCUCGCUGUUGUGAAGUGUAGAUUUGUUCUUUGACAAGCAGUCCCUCCCUGCCAUGUGCUGAAGUGGGAGGUUUGAGUUAGAGGGGUAAAGAUUUGUACUGUUGCCUGCGAGAAGAGGACACCAUGGAGUCACGACUUCCGUGUUUAGCCUUUUUCAGGCCUGUGUGACUGUGACAGACUUUAAGCUGGGUGACAUCUACAAGCUACCAGCCAAUAGAGCAGCAAACUACACUUAUUUUUUUUUCUAGAGGAUCCUCUGGGCAUAAAUUGAACACCAUGAACCGUCUUCUCCUCCCACUCCAAAUUACAUAGGAACUUUUUAAAACUUUAAGGAUUAUUUCUCUCCAUCAAGUAUUUUUUACUCUGGAUUUCCUUUACUCUUUUGGCCAUGGGCUGACUUAUUCACACGAGGAAACACAAACCAUGAAUCUGUAUAUAUAUUUCUUGAGAAACCUUUUUUUUUUCUCCAGCUGAUUACUCCAUUAUUUCAAACUUCUUUCUGAACAAAACGAAUGUGUAUAUAUGUGUUGAUAGUGUAUAUAUAGAUUUUGUUUGGUAAAACUUGACUUCAGUCUAUGAGUUUUGAUUUGCUUAAAGAUCAUUGUUUUUUUUAUAUAUAUAUUAAAAUUACAUAAUUAUUUUAGGGCUUUCGUUCUAGAAUAUACGUUUCUCAGUGUUAAGUGUGUUUACUUCCUGUCAGAGCAGUGAAGUCAUUGAAUAUACGAGGCAACUAUAGAUAACCUUUAUCAAAUAUAAUAUAGUUCAAAAGUAUCUCGUAGAAAUAAAAUUUGCACAGAACAUUUUUGCGUGUAUUUAUAGAGGACUCUGGUACUUUUGACUGAAAUUAAUAAGCAGUUAGUGGGGAAAAUAGGGGUGUGGGAAAAUAAAUUAGAAAACUGAGAGAAGUGAAGAGAGAGAGAGGAAUAGUGGAAUAAAGGGACGUUGGAAGAGUGAGGUCAGGUGCAUAGGGUGUUAGGGAAAGGCAGCAGAGAGUGGAGGACGUUGUGUAUAGAAGGCAGGGGGCAGUUUGUUUGGGGUGUUUUAUACUUUGCCCCUGAUGCCGGGCAGUUCAGACACCGCUUUGCCCCCUAUCCCGGCUCUAUCUACAUCUUCCUCGGCGGCCUCCUCGGUGUCAGGACAACACCGGAGGUCCCGGGACGCUUCAGGGAAAAGGAAAAGUCGUCACCAGAAAAAGAAGAGGCGAGUCCGGGAGCAGGAGAUGAUAGGUGCCCCUCUGGGUUUGGGAGGAGAGAGCCGGGGUUUGAAACAUGGAAAGCGGCGCCAUGAGCGGAGAAAGAAACGGAAAGACCGAGAAGGUGGCUCGAAGAAGAGGAGUAUGUCUAAGCAGGACGGAACCACCAGCACGGUGGUUGAAUAUGAUGAUGUGAGCUCGUUAUCUGAAGGAGCACUGUCCGAGGUUGAGCAAGGCCAGCUUCCGCCAGAGCCAGUCAUAAAACUAGGCCUUGGUUCGACCCCGGUCUCUUCUAGAUCCCCUACCCCUAUUGCACUACCUCCUAGCCCCCUUACACAGCUACGCCAGGCCGUGGAUGCUGAGCGUAGAAGAAAGAUAGAAUCUUACAAGGAGGAGCCAAGGCGCAGGGAGGAAGGGGCUUCUAGGGAAGGAAACCGUAGCGAGGACAGGAGAAGGAGGUCGGACCUUCACGAGCAGCCUAUGUUGGCUCCACCGUGGAGACAGCAGGGGGACACGGGAAAAAUUGUAGAACCCAGGCUCGCGGCCUCUUCUAGGCCUAAAAAAGACGAGGCCGCGGCCUAUAACAAACAUCAGCCCAAGGCCUACAGGGACGACAAGCAUCACAAAGCAGCUUCUCUGAGUAACCACCGCAAGAAGUCUACCAGCCCCACCCGUUCCCCAAGCCCCGGGUACAGCGGGCACCGCCAAUCUCGACGAUCACCAAGCUACGGUAACUACGACAGGGCUGAUAACUCACCACCCCUGUCAAGGCGGAGAUCCCGGAGUCCGUACAGUCCUGUUAGCAGGAGGACCAUGAGAUCACGGAGUAGGAGUCCUUACAAGCCAAGGCGCUCUCGCUCACGUAGUAGACAUAGAGUUUCCAAGUCAAGAAGUCGCCAGUCAAGCAUCUCCCCAAGCACUUUAACUUUUAAGAGCAGCCUAGCGGCAGAAUUAAACAAGAACAAAAAAGCUAGGGAAGCUGAGGCUGCCAGAGUCCUAGCAAAAGCUUCUAGCACUUCCACCCCUACCACUUCCACCCCUACCAAGGGUCCUUCUGAGCCAGGCAGCAGCAGCACCCAGCAAGCAAACCACUCCAAGGAGCAAAAGAAAGCAAAACCAGAUAAGGCUCCUUCACCCCCCCAGAAGAUUGACAAGUCUAAAGUAAAAGUGCCAACUCCUGAAUCAAGAAGGGAAAACAAACUCAAAGCAGAAAAACCUGCCAAGUCCACUGGGAGUGCAGCUAAAGUGGUUGCCGAAGGAGGGGAAGCAGCUGCACAGAAGGAAAAAAGCAAAGCACACAAGCGGAGCACAGCUACAAGUGAGAAAUUGAAAAUUGUGGUACAGCCGUCCUCCACACUUUCAAUACUACCUCUCCCUCCUGUCCUCCAAAGUGAUAAGGAGAGUUUCAGAGGUUGUAUCCCAGGGAAGGCAGUUAAGAAGGAAAUGGAGAGAAAACUCAGGCACUUGCUCUCAGAUUUGCCUUUUCCACCAAUCCACUUUGGAGGUGGGGACACCUUGUCCGGUCCAGAAGGAAAGAAAACUCAGUUGCGGAAUAAGAGGCGACCUAAAAUAUGUGGCCCUCGAUGUGGUGAAAUACAUGAGAAAGAAAUUGUUUGGGGAAAAAGAUGUGUGGAUAAGUUUGAUAUCAUUGGAAUUAUUGGUGAAGGCACUUAUGGACAAGUUUACAAAGCCAAAGAUAAAGACACAGGAGAGAUGGUGGCUUUGAAGAAAGUACGUCUAGACAAUGAGAAGGAAGGUUUUCCCAUCACAGCAAUUCGAGAAAUUAAAAUCCUUCGGCAGCUCACCCACCAGAGCAUUAUUAACAUGAAGGAAAUAGUCACAGAUAAAGAAGAUGCUCUGGACUUUAAGAAAGACAAAGGAGCAUUUUACCUUGUCUUUGAGUAUAUGGACCAUGACCUAAUGGGUCUACUAGAAUCUGGAUUAGUGCUCUUCAAUGAACAUCAUAUUAAGUCCUUCAUGAGACAGCUUAUGGAAGGCUUGGACUACUGUCAUAAGCGGAACUUUUUGCACAGGGACAUCAAGUGUUCAAAUAUUCUACUGAACAAUAGGGGGCAGAUCAAGCUUGCAGAUUUUGGACUUGCAAGGCUUUACAGUUCAGAGGAAAGUCGGCCUUAUACCAAUAAAGUAAUAACAUUGUGGUAUCGACCACCCGAACUACUGCUUGGGGAAGAAAGAUACUCUCCAGCUAUUGAUGUUUGGAGCUGUGGAUGCAUUCUGGGAGAAUUGUUUACAAAGAAACCAAUCUUCCAAGCUAAUCAGGAACUUGCACAACUUGAGCUUAUAAGUCGCACUUGCGGGAGUCCGUGUCCUGCUGUUUGGCCUGAUGUAAUAAAGCUGCCAUAUUUCAAUACCAUGAAACCAAAGAAGCAAUAUCGACGAAAACUAAGAGAAGAGUAUUCUUUUAUUCCUAAUUCAGCAUUAGACUUGUUUGAUCACAUGUUGGCAUUGGAUCCUAGUAAGCGCUGUACUGCAGAACAAGCUCUUUUAUGUGAGUUCCUAAAGGAUGUGGAUCCAACAAAAAUGCAGCCACCUGACCUUCCUCUAUGGCAGGAUUGUCAUGAGUUAUGGAGUAAAAAACGUAGACGACAAAAGCAAAUGGGACUUAAUGACGAUGUGGUAGCACCCAAGGUACCUAGGAAAGAGCUAUCCGACAGCAGAAAUAAUACACCACAGGGAAUGCAGGCAGCUUCACAGAUAAAAAUUCCAGGAUUGCACACUGUUGGACUUGGUAAUUCAAGCUCUGUGCCACAGCUGAGUCAGAAUGAUGUGGCCCUCUUGUUGAACUUGCUGCAGUCUCAAAGCACUGUCAGCAUGGCUCAAUUUGCACAAGUUUUGAAUAUUAAGGUGAAUCCAGAAACACAGCAGCAAUUGAACAAUAUAAGCAUCCCUCCUGGUUUACUAGGAGCUGGAGACCAACCAAGAGAACAAAAAGAACCUUUACCUACAGCAAUCCAACCAGAGCAGGCUUCUGCCCCACUGUUACCUUUGCUUAAAGCUAAAAUGGAUGUAGCCACACCAGCUGCGCAGAAUGCCUUUUCUGUUUUGUUGUCACACUUAAUGAAAGUACAGGAACCUAAGCAAAGCAAUAAUGCUUCAGAGGAGACAGAGGAAAAGCCUAAGAACAACACAGCGUUGGAACCCAAGAGACCUCCAAGUCCACUUGUUACAGAUGAAAAUGAGCUUGAUGAUCACAGUAAAGCACAUCUCCAACAAGGAACACCUGAUGUGAAAUUUCCUCACAUACUGCCAAGGGAUCAACGGCCUCCAGAGCCACCAGAACCACCUCCAGUUGGUGAUGAAGAUCUAGAUUAUCGGACAGAGACCCAACAAGUACACAACACCAGCGUGUCUAGUGACGCUCAUGCAGAAGUUAAAGCUGCACUACUGCAAAUUAUUGCCCAUCAUCAAGCUCAGGAAGAAGACACAGGCGGUACAGAUUUUCCUGUUAGAACAUCAUCAUUCUCCAAGACCCCAGACUGCACUGAACAAAUGGGGAAAUCCUUCCUCUCUUCAUCCUACAACAAUGACAGAGUUGGCAGUACAUCUGCUAUUCUGGAAAUGCACCCUGAAACCCAGACUAUUGAUAACUACAGUACAACUUCAUCUCAGAUUAGUUGUAGACUCCCAACACCUUCUGCUUUUGCAGAGCCUUUUUGUAACUCUGUCACCACAUAUGGGGACAGCUACCUCAAUGCUAGUCCCAUGUUGUUUAGUGGUGACCAGGACCAUAGAUUUGAAUACAACCGUGGCCCUACUGUUAUUUUGGGAAACAAUGAGCCCUCUGGGGGUUUGGACAAUAGUCAUUCUCUACCAACAAAAAUACAUAACUUUAACUACAGUACUACUGUACCAGAGAAUCCUGGCCUGUCUGCCCAUAUGCACGGACAUGCUUGGACAUCACCUAUUCAAGGUCCUGCCUUCUCUCAAGGACAUAGAGGACAUAUUAGUACAUAUGUCAGAGGCCGGGGUAGAGGCUUACCAUUCUGAGAUCUGUUAUUCCUCAGGCAAAGUAUUUAUAUCUGGAAAGACUUACUUUUUUUUUUUGUAGCUGCAUUUUAUAGCAGCCAUCUAAAAGACUUGAACAUUCAUUUGACAACAGCUUUAUUUUUAUGUGAAAAUGAUCUUGCAAUACAAUAUGGGGAAGGAAUUAAUUAAAAUCCAUUCAGUUUGAGAUUCUACACAUUGACAAAUACUAGUUAUAAAAAAAAAAUCUUUAUUUUGUAUUUUUACAAGUUUUAAGUUGAAUGUUAAUUCUUAAGGUAUUCUCUUGGUUUUCUGCACCUGCAAGAAUUUUUGAAGUACUUUGCACAUUUGUGCUUAUUUUUUGUACAUUUGGACCAACAUUUUGGCAAUUUGACAAUGCAGGGCUUUGAUUACUUUGAUAUGUUUAUUUGUACAAAAAAAUCUACCUUUUAGUCAAAGGUCACUGUCAAUUUUUACACUGCUUUCAGUGUUGUGGAAAAUGUACCUUGUGCUCAUUUCAAACAAAAAUAGAACCUUUCUCUUGUGAUGCAAACGUUUUAUCAACUGUCAUUUCUUUUUCAGAAUAAGGAAAUAAAUGUUGAUCAAAACGC